AUGCGCGUGCGUUUAGUCAUUAGUCACUUUGGUAUUGGAGUUUGAUCUGUUUAAGUUAGGGAGCGCGCGGGGCUUUCUUCCCGCGCGGCUGUUUACUCUUGGUAGCUUUCUCAUCACUCGCUCUACAUUGUGGUCCUGACUUCUCGGCGUCGUGCACCCUCACCUAUCGGAAGGCUUUACUUCCGCGCUCGCAUCGUUUCUGCGAUAGGUUAUGAGCUCAACGGGCAGUGCCGAAGCCCGAGUCAGUAAAGCGAUUCCCAUCGCACCACCAUCGGAAUGGACACCGAUACACCCUCCACCGAAACGAGUGAUCGUGGAAUACAUGUACCAAUCCUUCGCGCCACAAACUACAUGGAUUGGCGUCGACGUCUGAUUGGUCGUCUUGUAUCCAAGGACUUGCAUCUUUGCGCAUCGAGGCCGUUGAGCCCCGCUGCGGAGGCCGUUCUUCAGGUCGCAAUCGACGAUCGAUCGCGCGGCUUCCACUCGCCACUCGAGCGGCUCGACUUCGCAUCUAUGGACGUGAAGAUCGCCAAGGAGCGUUCGGAGUCAUUUUCAGCCCCUGCUAUGGUUGCGAUGACCACCCACCAUUCCCUUUACCUUGCUGGUUCGUCCUCGAGAGCUCCCGAUACCGAUUUCGUUUGGAUCGCGGAUACCGGAGCUGGUCACCACUUCGUUGGCGAUCGCUCGCUGCUCUCGGACUUCAAAGAAUCCCCGAUGCAAGUCCAGUUGGCCGACAAUUCGCUUGGUCAAGCCACUGGAUACGGGCGAAUGUUUGUUAAGACUUCGCAAGGUCUCGUUCUCGAGUUCAAGGAGAUGUAUUACCUCCCUGGAUCGAAGUAUGGUCUCAUCUCAAUGUCGUCGCUCCGCGCUGGAGGCGCGAAAUUGGUUUAUGGCCAUGGGGGAGAUACUCAACAGGUUUGGCUUGACGGCUCUCUCGUCGCCGAAACUGUCAAGACGAAGGCCAAGAAACCAAGUUACGUCUUCGAUUUUGAGAUCGUUCCCCCACCCUCGCCUGUGCUCGUCGCCACUACCCGUGCCUCCGUUGGAGCUUCGCUCAUGGAAUGGCAUCGGAAGUUCGGACACAUGGCACCUUCAUCAAUUCUUCGUCUCGUCAAUUCCAAGGCUGUCGUUGGGAUUCGUCUACUCGACAAGAAGAUUGAAGACUGUGAGCCGUGCAUUAUCGCGAAGGCGCGCGCGGGCCCUCACAAUCAUGUCAGUCGAAAACCCGAACAUGUUCUUCAACGGGCUUCGAUCGAUCUGGGAUUCGUCAACGAUGACGAUACCAAAGGACGAUCCAUCUACAUGGUUAUCGUCGACCAAAUUUCAACCUAUAAGUGGGCUUUUCCACUUGGUUCGAAGUCGGCAUCCGAAGUCCUCGAGGUCUGGCGCGGCUUUCAAGCGCAGGUCGAGAGGCAGUCCGGUCAGAAGAUCAAGUUUGUUCGUUCUGACAAUGGAGGCGAGUUCGUCAACCAACUCUUUGGCGACGAAUUCAGGGCACUUGGCAUCACCCAUGAACUGGCUGCACGCUACACGCCGCAGCAGAAUGGUCAAGCGGAGCGCGCGAACGGCUCUCUCUUCGCGCUCGUCCGUGCCAUGCUCAAGGACUCCGGACUUCCCAAGAAGUAUUGGUCUUACGCAAUGGAAGCGGCUGUUUUCGUUUCCAACCGCGGUCCUCACCCGCACCUCAAGGGCAAGACUGCGUUCGAGGUCUUCUUCGGCAAGCAACCCGACGUUUCGCAUCUUCGCGCGUUCGGAUCUACUGCCUACGUUCUCGUCCCAAAGGCGAUUCGUAAGAAGCUCGAUGACCAUACUGUCAAGGGUACUUUCCUCGGCUAUUCGGGGGAGUACAACUACAAGGUUCGCGUCGAACACGGUCGGUCUUUCAAGAUCGUCGUCUCUUCCGAUGUCACCUUCUCCGACAAGGCUCCUUCGAUCGCGGACUCGGCUGUCGAGCCUCGCAUCUACGAAGUUGAACCUCUACAGGAAUACGAGUUAGUACACCAACUGUCGUUUCCUGGCUUGGAGCAGAUUCCGGCUUUACGGCCUGCUCCCCUUCCUGAGGCAGGUUUGGCUUUUCAGCCUGCGCUCUUUCCCGAGGCAGAUCCGGCUUUACGGCCUGCGCUCGUACCCGAGGCAGAAGUUCCGGCUUUACGGCCUGCGCUCGUACCCGAGCUUGGUCCGGCUUUUCGGCCAGCUCCCGCUCCUCUUCUUCGUUUCCAACAUAUGGACGAUGACGACGUUGCUCCCCCUCCUUUACCGGCUGUCGGCCCGUUGGCCGAAGACGCUGAAGUUGAAGAGGACCCGAUCGAUCAUCGACGCGAGGAAGCAGUUGAGGCUAUCGACAGUGACGAUGACGACGGCCCUGCGGAACACGAUCAACCAUUACCUCCUGAGGAUGGUUACGAGUAUCGACCUUACCGUGUCGGCCGCAACCCUGGUGCGCUCGAGAACGUCGAUGCAGGCAAUAUUUUACCGACUCGCCUGCGUGCUCAGCGUCGUGCAGACGCCCUUCGUGUCAUGUCUACUCGCUCGGUCUACCGUCGUCCACCAGAGCUCAUUGCUAUGGUUUCGUCUCGUCACCCCCCGCUUCCCAAGACGUUUGCGGAAGCGAUGGCCUCUCCUGAGGCCAAACACUGGAUGGCCGCUUCUGAGAAGGAGUUGGGCUCAUUCAAAUUGCACAAGGUCUUCAAGCUUACGAGGUUACCCACCGGGGCUCGCGCCCUGGGCUAUCGUUGGGUGUUCACUCGGAAGGAAGACGCUGAAGGCAACAUCAUCAGCUACAAGGCUCGUCUCGUCAUCCAAGGCUUUGCUCAACGACUUGGGAUUGACUACAACGAGACGUUUGCUCCUGUCUCGUCGAUCACGACGAUCUUGUUUCUCAUCGCGAUUUCUGCCGCUCUCGGACUCGUCCUCGAACAGUUCGACUAUGAUUCUGCGUUUCUCAACGGGAUCAUGGAGGAGGAUGUCUACAUGAAGGUUCCUGAGGGAUGGACUGGUGGUUCUCAGCCCGGUCACGCUCUCAAGCUCCUGAAAUCCAUGUAUGGCACCAAGCAAGCUCCUCGGCAAUGGAACGCGGCUCUCCACAAGCUGAUGACGGAUCGCGGCUAUACGCGCUCAAAUGUCGAUGCUUGUCUGUAUUUCAAGUAUCAUGGCAAGUCGUUUGCGAUCAUCACAUUGUAUGUUGAUGAUGGGCUUGCUGCAUCGAACGACCAGGCUUUUCUGGACUCCGAGAUUUCGGCUUUCGAUGCGGUCUACAAGCUCAAGCGACUUGGCCCGGUCAAGACGUUCCUCGGUCUCGAGUUUGUUCGAACCAAGGAUUUCAUCUUCGUCCACCAAUCGAAGUACAUUCGAGGCUUACUCGAACACUAUACUUUCGAAAACAAGUUCGAGGUGUACAGUGACGCGUCGUUUGGUUGCGAUCACAACAACGGCAGAUCUGUGGGAGCGUAUGCCGUUAUCAUGGCUGGCGCUGCCAUCUCCUGGAAGUCGAAACAACAGACGAUGGUCGCUUCUUCUACAGCAGAGUCUGAGACUCUGGCUGCUUCAACCGCAGCAAAGGAGGCUAUCGGUCUUCGCAACCUGGCGUCCGAACUUCGCAUCAAUCAAGGUCGAUCUACUGUUCUGCACGAGGACAACCAACCUUGCAUCGAUUUGGCGAAGAAUCCUGGAGCUCGAGGUCGUACUCGCCAUUGGAAUGUGCAUCAUUUCUAUCUACGCGAACGAAUCGAGGUUGGCGAUAUCGAUCUCCGCUACUGUCCGACCGAUCUGAACACGGCCGGCAUCUUGACAAAACCCCUAUCCAAGCUCAAGUUCUCUACGCAUCGCGAAGGACUCGGGAUGGUCUCGCUGGCUACCUUGGCAUGUGGGAGUGUUAAUUGAUAUGUGUCUGUGCCUGUGGUAUCUGCGCGGAUGCGCGUGCGUUUAGUCAUUAGCCACUUUGGUAUUGGAGUUUGAUCUGUUUAAGUUAGGGAGCGCGCGGGGCUUUCUUCCCGCGCGGCUGUUUACUCUUGGUAGCUUUCUCAUCACUCGCUCUACAUUGUGGUCCUGACUUCUCGGCGUCGUGCACCCUCACCUAUCGGAAGGCUUUACUUCCGCGCUCGCAUCGUUUCUGCGAUAUUGGUAAGGUCGGGUAGAGGGUGGUAAUGCUUGGUAAUGGCCACCUUUGGCAACCGGCAUUCCUCGCCGUCCAGGUGCCCGCGGGCCUCCAUCCUCCAGCCCAAACGCUCGGCUCUCGAGACAUCGACGCGAGAAAACACCUCAGCGCGUCAUCCUCGAUCAGUGAGUGGCACCGAGCCACCGAGCCAACGUUCCGACCUCAGGCCUCGAUUUCUCUGCAUCCACAUUAAGCCAGUGCUGGGCCGCACCGAUGGGCAUUCCCUUGCGGGUGCUUCUCGACAAGCACGACCGCUUCUUGCCCGAGACGGUCUCGAAGUUCUACUGCUUCAUCAGUCGCGAAAUCGAGCCUUUCCACUACCACGAGAAUGAGGUCAUCUGGCACGCCGUCUCCGAAGAGAGGUGGGACGAACUGGAGACCUAUCUCAAGGCGUUUGAGGAGCGUUCCAAGGAGAGGUGGGCCGAGGUUCAACGCAACUGGAGCUACAACAUCUUCUCUGCCGCAGUACGCGACGAUUGGAAGGACUUCUACCGAUUGGCCCAAGUCUACGAUCCCCUGGUGUGCGAGAUCGAGAUAUGGACCGGUCUCUGUAAGUGCAGGAUCCCGCAAUCCCCGCAUGGCCCCUCGUCGGCGAGAGGUACUCACUACAGUCAGACCUGA